ACACGCCCACCAUAUCCGGAAGUACAGCGGGCUUGCGGGGUUGUUUUGAUGUCAUCACCACAAGUUGUAGCUUUGGAAGUUAGCGCUUUAUUGAGCAUCUUUAAGUUUGAAAAUCUCUUCUAAUCGACAUAUUUCGGCGUUGCCUGACUUCAAUUCGGAGAUCGACUAAGUUCACGUAACUAGAAGAACUCAAGAUAGUAAGACGAGGAGGAGAUUAUAAUGAAGAAUAGACGUAGCAUAUGCCCCCCUUAAUCUAAUAUCAUUUAUCAACCUGUAAAUAAAAAUCAUGGACUGUACAGCUCUUGAACUCGAUGCUAUAACAUUUGCCAAAUCUGCAGUACAACACGAUCAGAAGGGGAAAUACAAUGAAGCUGUUUUUUACUAUAAGGAGGCUGCCCAGGCUCUCAUCUAUGCCGGCAUGGCUGGAUCCAAACUGGAAAACAUUCAGGACAAAGUGAACGAGUACAUGGACAGAGUACAGACUUUACUCAAUGCCGUUAAAGCUCAAAGCAGUGAACCCCUGAAGAGCAAACAUCAGCUGGAUCUGGAGAGGGCGUACUUUCUGGUCACCCAGGCAUUUGAAGAGGAUGAAAAAGAAAACGCAGAUGAAGCUAUUGAGCUUUACACUCAGGCUGUGGAAUUGUGCAUUCAAACUUCCAAUGAGACAUCAGAUCAGGCGUUGCAGGGAAAAUUGAAGCAGCUUGCACGCCAGGCUCUGGACAGGGCAGAGGGACUGAAAGAGUCCCUUAAUAAACCUGUGAACCAUGACAAGUCUGUCCCAUCCGUAACCAAAACCCCAGCUCAGGUGAGGCAGUUUUUCCCGCUAGGCCCAGACUUUUCGCUCCACGACAGAUCUCAGCCGGUUCGAGCGGUGCAGUCCUGCGAGCCGCAGGGUCAACGCUACACAGCAGAGGAGAUAGAGGUGCUCAGGAAGACCUCCAAAAUAAAUGGAAUUGAAUAUGUUCCGUUUAUGAGCGUUGACCUGAGGGAACGUUUUGCCUUUCCUGUUCCAUUCUCGGAUAAAUGUGGGAAACUGGCUCUUUCACCAAAACAGAAAGCCAUAUUCUCACGCUGGGUUCGACCCGAUGACAUCAGCAACAACCCCAUCAUGAUCUACACUGUGUCCAGCUUCAGCAUCAAACAGACGGUUGUGUCAGAUUGCUCUUUUGUGGCUUCAUUGGCCAUCAGCGCUGCAUAUGAGAGACGCUACAACAAAAAGUUAAUCACAAGCAUCAUUUACCCACAAAACAGGAAAGGAGAGCCCGAGUAUAACCCCUGCGGAAAGUACAUGGUAAAGCUACAUAUCAAUGGAGUCCCGAGGAAGGUGAUUAUCGAUGACUUCCUUCCUGUGGACCACAAUGGCGAGCUACUUUGCUCUUACUCCAGUAACAGAAAUGAGCUCUGGGUGUCGCUCAUCGAGAAGGCCUACAUGAAGGUCAUGGGAGGAUACGAUUUCCCAGGCUCUAACUCUAAUAUUGAUUUGCACGCACUUACCGGCUGGAUCCCAGAACGUAUCGCUAUGCACUCAGACAAUCAAACCUUUAACAAAGACGACACUUUCCGCAUGCUUUACCAGAGGUUUCACAGAGGAGAUGUUCUCAUCACCACGGCAACAGGGGUCAUGACUGAGGAGGAGGGUGAGAGAUGGGGUUUGGUGCCCACUCAUGCUUAUGCUGUCUUGGACAUCAGGGAACACAAGGGUAAACGCUUCCUCCAGCUGAAGAACCCAUGGAGUCAUCUCAGGUGGAAAGGACGAUAUAGUGAACGCGACGAGAAGAACUGGACACCAGAUCUUCUCAAAUACCUCAAUUUUGACCCCAAAACAGCACAGAAGUUUGAUAAUGGCGUAUUCUGGAUCAUUUGGGAAGAUCUGUGCCAGUAUUAUGAUGUCAUCUACCUGAGCUGGAAUCCUAGUCUGUUUAAAGAAUCAUCAUGUAUACACAGUAGCUGGGAUGGAAAACAGGGCCCGGUGAAGGAUGUCUACAGCUUGGCCAAUAACCCUCAGUAUAAACUGGAGGUGAAUUGUCCUCAAGGGGGCACUGCCGUAUGGGUACUACUCACCAGACACAUUACUGACAAGGAUGACUUUGCUCAAAACCGAGAGUUUAUUACCUUAGUAGUUUACAAGUCCAAUGGAAAGAAAGUUUAUUAUCCAGCGGAUCCUCCUCCUUUCAUCGAUGGCAUCCGAAUCAACAGUCCUCACUAUCUUACCAAGAUAAAACUCACCGGCCCCGGUACUCACACCUUUACUCUGGUGGUGUCUCAGUAUGAGAAGCAGAACACCAUCAACUACACACUGAGGGUCUACUCGGUGUGCAAGUUUAAUUUCUCAAAAAUUCCCACACCUUUCACCCAAACCAAAAGAAUUAAUGGCCAAUGGAAGGGAGCGACUGCAGGUGGUUGUGGGAACUAUAAAGAUAGCUACAAAAACAACCCCAUAUACCAGUUUAACAUGGAGAAAGCAGGCCCUCUGCUCAUCGAACUCCGUGGCUCAAGACAUUAUAGUGUGGGCUUUGAGGUGGUGACAGUAUCUACAGUUGGGGAUUCAGGGUCUUCCAGUUCGCAAAAGAGAGGCAGUGGUGACUACCGAUGUGGUUUCUGUUAUAUGGAAGUCGAACAGUUCCCUGCCGGCAUUUACAAUGUUAUCCCCACCACCUUCCUGCCCAAACAAGAAGGCCCGUUCUUCCUGGACUUCAACAGUACCAGUCCACUGCGGGUCUCUCAGCUGCAGUAAGGACACAUUGCGGUGGAAAAGUCAGCUACGCACCCUCGCUGAAGAUGCUUCAGACGGCAUUCAUUACUUGCAAUGCUUGUUUACCAAAAGAAAUAAGCACCACCCACAGAUGGUACCUGACACAGUGCCAUAUUUAUCAUGCUUGAUGUGAUCAGUGGCGUAUGGCUGCUGACUCUUCUGCUGUGUGGUGCUCGGACUGAGGGAGUGUGUUCAAUCAGUUAAUAAAACAUACUCCUGAAAGAGCCACGAUCCGAAAUUGCAAUCAAAACGGAUGGUGUGUUUACACCUGACCUGAAAGAACCGUUAUUCACUCAGGAGACUGCAAUAAAACAGGAACUCUGUGUUAGAUUAGAUUUCUGCUUUCUCAUACUAAGGGCUUUACUUCUGGUCUAAUCAGCGAUGUCCGCAUAUAAAGACUUUUAAGUUAUGAGGCUUCUUUCGGUUUAGACAAUAUGCCAAAUUAUUUUUGCUAUUUAAACAUUUCCUUCAUCAAGAUGCGAUUGUCCAAAUGUAAGCUUGUCAAUAUAUCUACCAGCACAGAACUGUAUGUUUACAGAUUAUCAGAGAAUUGAAUGUUUUGGUCACAAAUGUGAAGUUCCUUUUAGGGAUUGUGCAAAUGCCUGAAGUUCCUCUUUUUCGCAUGUUAUUGUGCUCAAAUGUAUUUAUUUGCGGAGAUUCAAAUUUAACAUUACAGUAUCACGGAUAUUUAACCAUUUUAAGUUUAACAGAAACACAAUCAAGAAGUUUCUAGCAUGAUUUAAUGGGUAGCAAACAAUUCCCAAGACAUUAGAUUUGACGUAAAGUGUUAGCCACAAACUUGUUAAAAGAUCAUGACUUGAGUGUAAGAAUUAAUUUUCACUGAAUAUAAAUUUACAUCAAAAUAGAUUUCUGAAUCCAAA